AAUAAACUAGAUUGAAAAUAGGCCCUUGGCAGUAUGGGUCAUGUUUUGGCUCAUUUCUCAUUGGGCGACCUUAACCUGGUUACUAAGCCCUUUAAAAACUGUUUCCCUGCUGUGUGCGGCUGGGAGGAUCUGUGAUCACUGAGGAGCUGGGUGUGUGGGCAGGAAGUCCUCACUAUACGGUGCGCCAGCGCGGAGACUCCGGAGGCUCAGUGCACCUCCGCACUUGGCGGAAUCCCAGGCGUUCUGCGCGCUCGGCCAGGGCUCCUUGUGCUCGUCGCCCCGCCCGCCGCCCGGAGACAGGACUGAGGCCUGGUCGACUCGACUCCUCGCCGGAGCCAUGAACCAGUCUCGUGCUGGCGCCCGCCUGCGCACCGUGCUGGGACACCUCGGCCAGCAUUCGGCCGGGGCCGGCGUAGCUUACCCCACUUCAGGGGCUGCUUCUCCUAACAGUUUCCAUCCUCCACAAUUCCAGUAUACUCGGGAUAAUAAUGUUCUAAGCCUAGAACAGAGACAAUUUUAUGAAGAAAAUGGGUUUCUUGUCAUUAAAAAUUUGGUAUCUGAUGCUGAUAUUAAACGCUUUAGGAGCGAGUUUGAAAGGAUCUGCCAGGGGGAGGUGAAACCAGAGCAACUGAUGAUAAUGAGAGAUGUGGCCAUUGCAAAAUCAGAACGUGUGCCAAGUGAAAAGACAGUUUCAAAGGUCCAGGAUUUCCAAGAAGACAAGGAACUCUUCAGAUACUGUGCUCUCCCUGAGAUUCUGAAAUAUGUGGAGUGCUUCACUGGACCCAAUAUUAUGGCCGUGCAUACAAUGCUGAUAAACAAACCUCCAGAUGCUGGUUCUGUUUCAGGCAAGAAGACAUCCCGCCAUCCCUUGCACCAGGAUCUGCACUAUUUCCCCUUCAGGCCCAGCAAUAACAUAGUUUGUGCUUGGACAGCCAUGGAGCACAUCGACGAGAACAAUGGCUGCCUGUGUGUGCUCCCAGGCACACACAAAGGCCACCUGAAGCCACACAGUUAUCCUAAGUGGGAGGGGGGAGUUAACCUAAUGUUCUAUGGGAUCCAGGACUAUGAUGAAAACUGCCCCCGAGUGCACCUUGUGAUGGAGAAGGGAGACACUGUUUUCUUUCAUCCUUUGCUCAUCCAUGGAUCUGGCUGGAACAAAACUCAAGGAUACCGGAAGGCAAUUUCCUGCCAUUUCGCCAGUUCGGACUGCCACUACAUCGAUGUCAAAGGCACCAGUCAAGAAACCUUUGAGAGGGAGGUUAUGGAGGUAGCAAACAGAUUACAUGGAAUUCCAAAAGACGCCACGCUGAGGGAUUUGUAUAUAUUUCGAGGGCGGCUGGUGAAAGGCAAGAGGAUCAACCUGUGAGGUGGCCCUCUGCUGGAGCUCUUUGAGAGAAAACCACAAGGAAUCAAGGUGCCUAAGGAAAAUGUUUUCUUAACAAGCUGCCCUAAUCUUUUCUAUCACUUGUUAUCCAAAUCACUGCGCGCAAAGACCGGGUACUUCUUGGCACGUGGUUAGUUCUGCGUGCAGAGCUGUUGCUUUCAUGGAUGAAUACAUGUCACAGUGGCCGAUUACUGUUUUCAGGAGAACUAACUCAGGGUUGCACCUAAUAAAAGUGAUUGAUGUCUCA